AUGGAGGCCCUUCGUAGAGUCGUUCUCGGCCAGGCGCACAAGCUGUCGACCUGCGCAACUGUUCCCACAGACACUGUGCUACAAGUCUACUACUUUGAUGACACGCCGCUUUUGCGCAACAGCGUGCAAUGUUUGACGCUCAGGUUCAACGACGCGCUGGACGCAGAAAUGCUGCGGGGAUCCUUAUCUAGGCUCCUUGAGCGGCCAGGAUGGAGGAAGCUGGGAGGACGAAUUCGCCUCAAUGAUAACGAGAAGCUCGAGAUUCACGUCCCGAUGGCCUUCACCUCACAACGGCCAGCGCUCAAUUUCCAUCACGACUCGUUCGACGUCAGCAUCGACGAGCACCCUCUAGCAUCUACACUUCCCGUAGCCACCCCCAACGCGCCGUCUGUGCAACGUGGACCCUCGGCCUUCAAGGUCUUGGGCAUCCCGCCAGGAGCACCGGUUUGUCUCGAGGAUUACCUCAAGUCCGACUGCCCGCAGCUGACGGUUCACGUGGUGUCCUUUACCGACGCGACCCUGGUAUCGCUCUGCUGGCCGCACAUUUGCGCCGACGCAAUGAGCCUUCGCGAGAUCGGUUCUGCGUGGAGUCUCGUACUCGCCGGGCGAGAGUCCGAUAUUCCCCCGAUGCUAUCGGCAGGCGAGGAUCCGAUGGCUUGCGCUGGGAUUGACCCUGUCUUUGUUGAACGACAUCCCCUCCAGGAGCAACAAGUCCGAGGCUGGUGGCUGUUCCUCUGGGGUAUUCGCUUCAUCCUCGACUUAGUGUGGUGGCGAACGAUGGAGACGAGAACUGUCUUUCUGCCACGGAGGACUGUGCAAGAGCUACGCAGCGAGGCAAUGGCUUCUCUCGCAGCAACGCCCAGUUUGGCACCGUUUGUUAGCGACGGCGAUGUAGUGGCAGCAUGGCUGGCUGUAACGGCGACCGAAGCGAUCUUGGCACGGAACUCGACCAGGACGAUCAGUAUCUCGAAUGCUUUUGACCUUCGCGGACGCUGUGCAUCACUCUUCCCCGCCGAGAAGGAGAAAGGGGCAUAUGUGCAGAAUGCCGUGUUCCCUUGUUGGACGACUCUCCCAGCUUCUCAGAUCCUCGCCCGUAAGCCUGACACUCUCGGCACUGUAGCGCAGGCCAUCCGAGAGACUAUCAAAACGCAGACAACCGAAGCGUCGGUCCAUGCUCUGGCCCGCCUGACUCGAGAAUCCCUUGAGAAAUCUGGAAUACCGCCGAUGUUUGGUGACACGAGCUCCUUUAUGGUGAACAUGUCGAACUGGAGCAAGGCUCGGCUCUUUGAGUCGCUCGACUUUGGGCCAGCGAUUGUGAACAACAUUCAGCACGGUGGUCGCCAUCGGGCAUCGGCAGAUGGAGCUACAUCACUCUCCAAGGUGAAGAGCAGUCCCGUCUACUACCAUGUCCAGGGAGUGAGUCCAAAUAACAUGCUGGCAAGGAAUGGUGCCUUUCUCACAAGCACCCCUAAUGGCGAUUACUGGAUGAACGGUUGUUUUCCUCCCGAGGUUUGGAAUCUAAUCGAGUCAAAAUUCUGA